CUGGAGGAAGUUUGUCCCAGUUCGCGAUCCGGCACUUACGUCGUUGCUAGGCGCCGACAGCAGGUUUUUCCGGUCUGAUUGGAUAGCCGCGGAGGCGCCUUUUUGUCUUGGCGCGCAUGCGUGCGGCCGAGAAUGGAGGAGUCGGAACCCGAGCGGAAGCGGGCACGCGCGGAUGAGGCGACUGUGGGAGGCAGCCGCUCCGACGAUGAGCAUGAGGACGACGAGGACUACGUGCCCUAUGUGCCAUUGCGGCAGCGCCGGCAGCUACUGCUCCAGAAGCUGCUGCAGCGAAGACGCAAGGGAGCCGCGGAGGAAGAGCAGCAGGACAGUGGCAGUGAGCCCCGAGGAGAUGAGGACGACAUCCCGCUGGGCCCGCAGUCCAACGUCAGUCUCCUGGAUCAGCACCAGCACCUCAAAGAGAAGGCUGAAGCUCGAAAAGAGUCUGCGAAGGAAAAACAACUGAAGGAAGAAGAGAAGAUCCUAGAGAGUGUGGCUGAAGGCCGAGCCUUGAUGUCAGUGAAGGAAAUGGCCAAGGGCAUCACAUAUGAUGAUCCAAUCAAAACCAGUUGGACUCCCCCACGUUAUGUCCUGAGCAUGUCUGAAGAACGACAUGAGCGUGUCCGAAAGAAGUACCACAUCCUGGUAGAAGGAGAUGGUAUCCCACCACCCAUCAAGAGCUUCAAGGAAAUGAAAUUUCCUGCAGCCAUCCUACGAGGACUGAAAAAAAAGGGUAUCCUCCACCCAACACCCAUUCAGAUCCAGGGCAUCCCUACCAUUCUCUCCGGUCGGGAUAUGAUCGGCAUUGCCUUCACAGGAUCAGGCAAGACACUGGUGUUUACACUGCCUGUCAUCAUGUUCUGCCUGGAACAGGAGAAGCGGUUGCCUUUCUCCAAGCGUGAAGGGCCCUAUGGACUCAUCAUCUGCCCUUCGCGAGAGCUGGCCCGACAAACCCAUGGCAUCCUGGAGUAUUACUGCCGUCUGCUGCAGGAGGACAGUUCGCCUCUCCUGCGCUGUGCUCUCUGUAUUGGGGGCAUGUCUGUCAAAGAACAGAUGGAGACCAUCCGACAUGGUGUGCACAUGAUGGUAGCCACCCCUGGACGCCUUAUGGAUUUACUGCAGAAGAAAAUGGUCAGCCUGGACAUCUGUCGCUACCUGGCUCUGGAUGAGGCUGACCGCAUGAUCGACAUGGGUUUCGAGGGAGACAUCCGAACCAUCUUCUCCUACUUCAAGGGCCAGCGGCAGACUCUGCUCUUCAGUGCUACCAUGCCAAAGAAGAUUCAGAACUUUGCUAAGAGUGCCCUGGUAAAGCCUGUCACCAUCAACGUAGGUCGUGCUGGAGCUGCCAGCUUGGAUGUCAUCCAGGAGGUGGAAUACGUGAAAGAGGAAGCCAAGAUGGUGUACCUGCUUGAGUGCUUGCAGAAGACACCUCCACCUAGAAAAAAGCAGAUGUGGAUGCCAUUCACGAAUACCUCCUGCUCAAGGGAGUUGAGGCUGUGGCCAUUCAUGGGGGCAAAGUGCAUCGAAUUGGCCGCACUGGGCGUUCAGGAAACACAGGCAUCGCUACCACCUUCAUCAAUAAAGCCUGUGAUGAGUCAGUGCUCAUGGACCUCAAGGCCUUGCUGCUGGAAGCCAAGCAGAAGGUGCCACCUGUGCUGCAAGUGCUGCACUGUGGGGAUGAAUCCAUGCUGGAUAUCGGAGGAGAACGUGGCUGUGCCUUCUGUGGGGGUCUGGGCCAUCGGAUCACUGACUGCCCCAAACUUGAGGCUAUGCAGACCAAGCAAGUCAGCAACAUUGGCCGCAAGGACUACCUGGCCCACAGCUCCAUGGACUUCUGAGCUGUCUGUCUUUCCUCUUCUCUCCAAGAGGCCUCAGUCCCAGACUCCAGCCAGUGCACACACACCAGCCCCCAGGACAAGAAGCCAGUGUCUUUGGCCCAGCUGGCCUGGGCAACCCCAGUGGUCCCCAGAAUUAACUAUUUUUGUUCCCUUUACCCCAGCUGCCAUUAAAGCACAAGCCCCUCUAUCAGACCAACUCUGCCUCUGUCUCACCCAUCUGGUUCCUGGACAAAUCUCACCUCUGUCUCUCCCCGAGAUACCAGCAUCUCCCAGGGUUUUGCCAGCCCGCCAGUACUUGGCUGUAGUAGGAGCUGACUGGCUGACAUUGCUACCAACCUCACUCUUCUGUGAUAGCUGCAGAGCUUCUGGAGCCCCUUCAACUGCUCCUGCCCCCCUGGCAGGCUGCCAGCCCGUCUUCCAUCUACUGAGGGUAUAGCACAUGCCAUAGAACUGCCAUUCAGGC